AUGCGCAGCACCGCUCUUUCAUCGCUGUCGCAACUAUUCCUUCUGCUGAUCGCAUCUUCGCCGAACCAUGUCGCCGCCGACGGCACCGUCUGGGCAACGCCCCACGAUAGCUACUCCUCCUCAGUUGGCGUCCUCGGCUGCAAGAUCAAUACCGACCGCGUCGCCUACUGGCCCGGAUCCGUAGACUGCACCAACCUUUGCAUCUCCCUCACCUACGACGACGGCUCCUCCGACGGCAAGCGCACCGUGAAACUCCUCCGAAUUGACCAAUCCCAGGGCGCCUACGACGUCAGCUACGAUGCCUGGAACUACCUGUACACGGGUAAUUCCGCGAAGAAGGCGCCCGUCGCGGGCGGACCGCUGGCCAUGACAUACAAGGAGCUGCCGGCGGACGACUGCAAGGAGCUCCUCAAGACCAAGAACAAGAAGCUGCCGCUCAGCGCGUCCAACAGCAUGAACUUCCUCGCCAGCUGCCUCGACCAGCCGGACAGCUGGGUGGCGAAGAACUUUGGGCUGUACAAUACACUGGAUUCGGUCUGCGCAUGGGGAUACGACGAGGAGUGCGAGUUGGAUUGGCCUGCGGCGAACCAGCCUACGUGCAAGCACUCGCUCGGCAUGCCGGUGGAGCUGAAAGAUGCGCCGGUGUAUAACGUGCAGUAUCCCACAGGGGAGGUUGUCGUCGCAUCGACGGGCGAGAAGGUGUCGAGUCCCGGGGAUAGUACCAGCCUGGCGGCGCCAUCGCCGACACAGAAUGGUGCCCCGAGCAGGGGCAUGUUGACGUUGUUGAUGGCUGGCUCACUCGUAUGGACGUGCCUCAUGAUAGGUUCAUGCUGA